GUUAAAUUUUAUUUUAAAUAAUUGUCAAAGUUAGUAUAGCAGUAUUUUUUUGAAACUAAUAUUAAUUUAAAGAUGAACAACGACAGUAAUUGGUAGUAAUUUUAAUAGUUUUGUUUUAUCAACAACUCUAAGAGAGUCGUUUAUUAGUAACGGGAAAAAGAUUCUUUAGAACAAAUUGAGACUCGAUGAAGGCAACAUCUAAAAACGCAACGAUUUCGACCUUAAUUGAUAAUUGACUAUUCCUAGAAGAAUUGAAAAUGUUUAUUAAUGCUAAUGUUGAAUCAGAUUUCGAAGGAAUUACUAAUUUGAAUCAACGAAGAUAAAACUCAAACGUCAAGAAUUCAAACGAUUAUUUAAGAAGAGAGGGCGACGAAUAUCCAGAUUUCAAGAGAGCGUCUAAUGAAUAUAAAUUGUUUGAAACUACGAAGAAUAGAUGCCGUUGAUCAUCCUGAAGAAAGAAGAAUUCAGUCGAAUAAUGAAAAGUCGCAGUUCGAGCCCGGGAAGGAUGACCGUCGUGCAGUCCAGCCCAGUUCCCGACCACAGCCCGAAGGAUGGAGUCGUGACGGCGCGUAUUCCUGCCGCCCGCUAGAGACCGGAGGAGCAACACCAAGUUCGCAGUCCUGACUGAGGCGAACCAAGGAUCCUCCGAGAACCUACACGUCUCGUGGGUAUUCUGCAGCAAGGUUUGGUCCCUUACCCCAUCACCCGAAGACUCGCUGAUUAAACAAGUAUCCUCACGAAUGACGACUAAAACAAGACGAACAUUUUUCACCGAACUAGAAUUUUUUUGUUAUCAAACGUAUUCUUUGUAUAGAAAGACCGUGUACUUGUUCAUCUUUAGAUUUAUCAUUUAAAUUACGGAAUCGCGAUCCCGAACCUAAUAAUAUUAGAUAUUAUAAAUGGAACUUGAUAUUGAAAGAACAUGUUGCUAUUUUGUUUGACGGGUACUGCAAGUUACGUGCCCAGUAGUCCACGCUCUGCAGACUGAAGCUAGUUUAAAAUAAAUAACACACAAACGAUUAACAUCUUAACCUAAAGAUAACUUACUCUAAUGAAAGAAUUGGUAGAAUCUUUGAAGUCGAGAAUAAUAACAAAUUCCAUCUGUAUUUUAACAUAAACUAUUUUAGUUAAAAUAUUUAUAUAAAGUGUGAUAUUGUGCCAGUCGAAGUAUAUUGUCACCGUCUGCACAAAACCUUAACGCAAAUAUAAAUAUUACAUUUGAAUUUGUUUACACGUCAUUACCAGGUCUAGUCACGAAAUUAGUAUUUAACAUACUUUUGACACACUGUAAUUUUGACUUUCAGACACAAACUUCUAGAAACAAUUCUUAAAACUGAUAGAGGUAGGCUACAGAAACUGGAAUUAUUAAGUACAUUUAAUAAUUUACAUAAUUACACUAGCUGACUCUACAACGACGAUCUGAUAGAGCUGCCUUGCACUCAGCAAAACUGUAGCGUAAGCCUCCUACGGCCGGACACACACCUCCCAUACUCUCCGGCAGCUCUGCUCGUCGAGGCCGCAGAUGAGGUGGUGCAGGUGUGGCCCGGCCAGGAGCAAGGUUUUGUUGAGUACAAGCUGCAUCAUCCCAAUGGCACGGUGGUUGCCUGGAGUGAAUCAUGUGAUUCGUUCACACAUUCAACGUUCCUCGACGGGGGCAACCACUCGUGGAGGGUGCCAAGCAACCCGGACAUCUGCGACCUGCACACCGCGGUCGGCUCCGACGAGGAGGAGGAGGACGCCGAGGACGCAGAGGACGCAGAGGACGCAGAGGACGCAGAGGACGCAGAGGACGCAGAGGAUGCAGAGGACGCAGAGGAUGCAGAGGACGCAGAGGACGCAGAGGACGCAGAGGACGCCGAGGAGGCCGAGGACGCAGAGGACGCAGAGGACGCAGAGGACGCAGAGGACGCAGAGGAGGCCGAGGACGCAGAGGACGCAGAGGACGCAGAGGACGCAGAGGACGCAGAGGACGCAGAGGACGCAGAGGAUGCAGAGGACGCAGAGGACGCAGAGGAUGCAGAGGACGCAGAGGACGCAGAGGACGCAGAGGACGCAGAGGACGCAGAGGACGCAGAGGACGCAGAGGACGCCGAGGAGGCAGAGGAUGCAGAGGACGCAGAGGACGCAGAGGAGGCCGAGGACGCAGAAGACGCAGAGGACGCAGAGGACGCAGAGGACGCAGAGGACGCAGAGGACGCAGAGGACGCUGAGGACGCCGAGGAGGCCGAGGACGCAGAGGACGCAGAGGACGCAGAGGACGCAGAGGACGCAGAGGAUGCAGAGGACGCAGAGGACGCAGAGGACGCAGAGGAGGCCGAGGACGCAGAGGACGCAGAGGACGCAGAGGACGCAGAGGACGCAGAGGACGCAGAGGAGGCCGAGGACGCAGAGGAGGCCGAGGACGCAGAAGACGCAGAGGACGCAGAGGACGCAGAGGACGCAGAGGACGCAGAGGACGCUGAGGACGCUGAGGACGCAGAGGACGCAGAGGACGCAGAGGACGCAGAGGACGCAGAGGACACAGAGGACGCAGAGGACGCAGAGGACGCAGAGGACGCAGAGGACGCCGAGGAGGCAGAGGAUGCAGAGGAUGCAGAGGACGCUGAGGACGCCGACCAGGUUGCCCACCUGUGGUGCCGCCGCCGUCGCGGCUAGACAUCAGCCGCCAGCCGGCAGCUGCCACCCGCCAGUCUUCGCCAGUAACAGCUCCGAUCUCCCCACCCAUCAUGGAGAGGAUCCCGUCAGCAUUGGCGGCCUCUUUCUUCGAGGAAGAGGUAGAGGAGGGGGCGGGUAUUCCACCCGACAUUGCGGUGGCCUUCUUCGCCGAAGACCUUCAGGAAGGGCAGUCGACUCCCCCUCCUCCUCCACCGCUGGCCAAGACUUCGCCGCUGCUGUUGGUUGCCGGCCCCUCUGGGACAUGUCCCUGGGGUCAGCCGCUAACAGCCGACGAAAAAAGAGGAUACCGGCUACCUGCUACACAGCAGCAGCAGGUGCCAGCUCUGCCUAGCGGCAAAGUCGUGGCCCAGCUGAUGGCGAUGGAUGCCCAGCGGGUUCUCUGCGGCUGCAUCCCCCUCUGCGAGCGCUUCCCUACGCGGGAGGCAGUGUCUGGGUUAUUAUUAAAAAUAACAAGGGGGAACGGCCGUCGCUGACACAUCUGCGAUGCUCUCUCUCGCGACUCCAGCCAUUGGAAAACAUAUUUAAAAAAUUUAAUAUUAUGACUAUAAGACUAUCUAUAAAUGCACAAUACAUUCUUUUAAAUGACAAGUGUGUGUGUGUGUGAUGUAAUAAGAAUUCUUUUUAAUAAAAUUGGUGAUAUAUUAUAAA